AUGGGUGCAUCACAAUCCACUGGUGGCGGGGAGGCGCCGAGCGGUGGAAGCGAAGUCAAGACGAGUUACUACGAACUGCUGGGUGUAGAGCGCAAUGCCACACAAGACGAGCUUAAGAAGGCAUAUCGCAAGAAAGCGCUCGAACUACACCCCGACCGAAACUAUGGCGACGUCGAACGUACCACUGCCCUCUUCGCCGAAGUCCGAUCCGCCUACGAAGUACUCUCAGAUGAUCAGGAACGCGCGUGGUACGAUGCGCACGAGAGAGACAUACUGCGGGGUAGUACUGGAGAAGAGUCUGGCGAUCACUACCAGGGCGACAUGAAGGUGACGACAGCCGACGACAUAACGCAGAUGAUGGGCAAGUUCAGGGGGAACGUAGACUUUUCAGACUCGCCGAAUGGCUUCUUUGGCUUCGUACGAGAGACAUUCGAACAACUUGCCCGCGAAGAGGAGUAUGCGGCAGACUACGAUGACCUCGAUGUACCGGAUUACCCUACCUUUGGUCACAAGGAUGACGAGUACGAAGGUGUUGUGCGCGACUUCUACUCAACAUGGAAUGGCUUCGCCACGGUGAAAAGCUUUGCAUGGUUGGACGAAUACAAUCCGUCUUUACAACCUGACCGUCGUUACCGCCGGGCCGCUGAGAAGGAAAACCAGAAAAUUCGCGACGAAGGCAGACGGGCUUUCAACGACGCGGUCAGGACGCUAGUUGCUUUCGUACGCAAGCGAGAUCCGCGAUACAGUCCCAACACACAGACGGCCGAGGAUAAGGCAAAGGCACAGCGAGACGCCAGGAAAGCGCAGGCCGCAAGAGCAAGGGCUGCGCAGAUCGCGAAGAUGGAGCAAGAGGAGCAAGCAGUGCCACAUUGGGCUACCGCACGUCCGGCUGAUGAAGUUGAGGAGGAGAGUGAAGAGGAGGUCGAGGAAGAUCUCUACGAAUGCGUGGCUUGCAACAAGACGUUCAAGAGUGAGCGACAAUACGAUGCCCAUGAGAAGAGCAAGAAGCACCAGAAAGCAAUCCAGGCUCUGAAGAAGAAGAUGCAGAAGGACAACGCCCAUCUGGACUUGGAUGAAGAUGCUCUCAAGAGCGAUGAGAUCUUACCGGCUGAGGACGAGCUUGCGAAGGAUGGCGAUGUCGAUGUCUCUAGUGAUGAAGGCUCUGAUGCAUCUGUCCAAAAUCUCACGACAAAAACGGACGAGCUUAAUCUAGACAAUCGCGGUACAAAUGAAGAUGAGGCACCUUCGGAAACAGUUGCACCCAGUAACACAGUGUCCGCAUCAUCCGCCGGCUCGGAAGCAAGUUCAGACAUAGACGAUGAAUACGCCUCACGUUCCGAAAUCGAGGCUCGACUUGCUGGUAUUAGUACAAAACCUUCCGCAGCACCUACCGAAGACCUCGAGUUCAAGCCCGACGAUCUUACAGAACCAGAGGUCGCUGCUCCCCCAGAACCCAAGCUUGGCAAGGCUGCGCUAAAACGUUUGAAGAAAGCUGCAAAACAGGCCGAGAGUCAGGAACCAGACGUAAAGAACAAGUGCGCUGGCUGCAAUGCUGGCUUUUCCUCCAAGUCACAGCUGCAUCAGCACUUGAAGGAGCAACCUACACAUGCGGCACUUAAGCCGAUUGUGGGCGGUGGGAAGAAGAAUAAGAAGAGGUAG